AUGAACCUCUUCACAACAUUCAUUGAUAAUUUUUGCCCUAAAGCAUACACAAUCAGAGAAUGUUCCAAAUACACCAUUUCAGAAGCCACAUCUUGUUUAGAUAUCACAACUUCGAUCUCCCCAUCUACUAUCUCAGACAUAACAUAUUCGAUUUCAAGACCAUUGAAAGCUAGACAAUUACCUCUUAUAACGUCCACCCAUGGUCGAUUUGUUUCCGUAUCUUUCUUUUCUUCCGCUACUUCUUCGAGAUGUUCCUAUGCUAUUGUCUCUAGGGUUUGCUUCACAACCAAGUUUUCCUUUUCGCUCUCUUUCAUUUUCCUACUAUGGCUUGCUCCAGGAUCAUUCAAACUCUCGAGUAACUCUUCUAAACGAGCAGACGAUGGUGUGAAGACUCAUACCACCGCCGGAGGUGUUGUCCGACCCCGCCCUCGCCCCAUUUCCACUUUAUGUAUUUAG